AUCACGUGUCUUCUGAUCACAUGGCCUGGUGACGUCAGUCGCUACGUUCGUCUCGUCGUACUUUAGCUGAAGGCGGGGAUUUUCUCCCUCUUCUUCGGACCAGACUGUGCGUGGUUUCCUCAGCGCGGAAUUUGCUGUUGUUGCUGCGUGUGUGAGCGGGCCCAGGUAAGAGACUAGUACUACAGUGUCCAAGUCGUUUUCGCAUCCAUCCUUAAGCCGAGAUUUAGAGAUGACUUCCCAUCACACACAUGACUCUUCAGGAAUGGGUCUUCUCUCAGCCAAUCCAUCCUUAAACCUACCGUCCAAUCUUGGACUGAUGAACCCAGGUUCUACCUCUAAGUUUAGUCAUCAAGGCUCUCAUGGCAUGCCGCCUAUAUUUGGCCACGGUAACAGACCUGCUCCCCCUUCAUCUUCUCGGCCCGGGAUCACACCUGAUGAGACCAGUGAGGUUUUGGCCAGCUUUGGUCUUUCUUCCGAGGAUUUGGAUUUAUUGAGUCGCUAUCCUCUGGAAAAGAUCACUCCUAAAAAUUUGCCACAGAUCAUUCUGGAUCUUAAGAGGAGGAGGUCAGAAGAUACGGCUAAGCAAAAUUUGAGAGCGGGGCCUUCUCGCGAGCCAUUGAGAGUUUCUAGUGAUGACACAAGACCCUUCAGAAGAGAUCAUUUUAAUGAUCGCUCAUCCGGUCUUGACACGGUGGUUGACUACGGCCAUGGGAGCCGUUCUGAAGAUCCUGCUUAUCGCGACAGACUUGAGUUUGAGGGCCGGUUAAGAGAACGAGAGAGGCUUAGAAAAGAGAGUUUCCGAUCUGAUGCGCCCUCUCAUAAGGUUGAUAAUGACUAUAAACCCAUGGGCUUCAGCCAGUCACAAGAAAGAUCUAUGCAUGAGAAGACCAAAGGAAUGCCUUCCGAUAGAAAGAUUGAUGAUUUCCAUGGAGCGCCACCCAAAGGCUUUCCUUAUAUCUGUUCUCUCUGUGAUGUAAAAAUUAUUUCGCAGCAGAAUUGGAAUUACCAUGUUCAUCGUCCGUCGCAUUGUAGACAACGCCUCCAGCUGCUUGAAAUAUAUCCAGAAUGGACUGGACAUGGACUGGAUGAUUCCCAUACACGGCAGCAGUCCACAAAUGCGGCAGCAGGGAUGCAUAUGGGAGGCGGACCCAAAGGUCGAAGCGGAGGUCACAUGGGUUACUUAGGAACUGGACCAAGUCACAUGAAAAAGGGAAAGGAACUUAGCAGAGUGGUUCUUGUCAAAGGCUUUGAGAAGGGAAAGAGAUUGAAGUUUGAGCUUCUGAAACUUGCAGAGCCAUUUGGUGUGAUUAGCAACUUUUUGAUUCUAAAUGAUAAGAAUGAGGCUCUCAUUGAAAUGUCCGCUCCUGAAGAAGCUACGGCUGUCAGGGAUUACUACCAUACAAAUCCAGCGAUUAUACUCGGAAAGAGAGUUGGAGUUUACAUAUCUUCAAAAAUUAAGCGCAUUAAGAAACCAGAUGGGAAGUCUGACCACAAACCAGAUGAGAAGGCUGACGACAAACUUAAACCAGAGUUGGGUUCUGUUGUACAUCUCAGCAACUUGCCCGAAUCUCGCUAUAGUAACGAUGCAGUCAUAAAGCUGGCUGAGGCAUAUGGCAAAGUGAAAAUGUGUGUAUUGAGAAUGAAGGACCAGGCUUUUAUUGAAAUGGAGAAGCUGGAAGACGCUCAAACCAUGGUAGAACAAUGUGCGAAAGUUCCUCUAAUGUUUAAAGGAAAUAGAGUGAAUGUAGAAAUCUGUUCAAGAUAUAAGAGUCUUAUUCAAAAAAAACUGAAGCAGCAACAGCAAAGAGAAAAAUACAGUAGAAAGAUGAGCAGUGAGAACGCUGAAAGCGGCAACGGCGAAAAUGCAUCUUCUCAAAUGGUAGCCACAGAGGAUGACUGCCAGGAGGAGACAGAUCCGAAAGAUUCUAUGACCAACUCGUGUGAGCCAGAACUUGAAGAUGAGGAUGAAACUGACGCUCUCAUGAAAACCAGCAGCUCUGUCGGGAAUGGUGCAGAAAUGGCUGACACAAGUGAGAUUGACCUGAAAGACCCGGCCGAGGAGAAAGCUGAGGCACAAGGACCAAAAGCCUCUACUCCUAUUGCUAAAGUAUCGGAUGACAAAAAGAAGAAGACUCUGAAGCAGCUACGGCAAGAAUAUAACAGAAAGCGACCUCACUCACCAGACCGCAAGAAUGUUGCUAAACAGAAGCAGAGGAAGGAGAGCAGCCAGAAAGGUGACAAUAAAUCUUCUCAAAUGGUCAUCACAGAGGAGGCUAAAGUAACGGAUAACAAAAAGAAGAUGGCACACCACUAUCCUGGAGAUAUUGAGGACUUUGUUACUGUUGAUGACUGUGGCGAUGAAGAGGCAGAGCAAGAAAACGAAGCUGUCGCACAACAGGAAUCAGAAAGCGCUGACUCUCCUAUGACUCCUGAAAGUGAAUGUGCCGCUGAAACAGAGUGCCCCAAAGAUAUUGGGCCCUUUAACCCCAAUAUUUCUUUUGGAGUGGACUAUGUGGUUCCUGGUUUCUAUUGCACGCUCUGUACCUUAUUCUACACGUGUGAAGAUGUGGCAAAAGUUACACAUUGCAGCAAGAUGUCGCACUAUAAGAAACUGAAGAAAGCUAUGAAUACGAUACCAGAGGUUCCUGAGAAUAAAAACUAAGCUUCGAAAAGGAUGUUUUUGUUUCACUCUAUUUUUUAUUUUAUUUUGCAUCAUAGAAGACUAUGCUAAAUGUUACUGUGUUUUUAAAUUCAGCUAAAGUUUAAAGUGUGUUUUAUUCUUUUGUUUUGUUAUAAAAAGACCAAUAGAACUGUUUCAUAUUUUCAAAUAAAUGCUACAAGUUCCUCAUUUGUCACGUGAAAGCCAAGAGCCAACUCUUAAACGUACCAAUAAUCUCCUCCUGUGAUGAUAAACUUUUGUUUCGACUUCUUCAAGUCAUCCCCACCCAGACACUACUUCUCCACUUUGGGACCUGAAGUAAAUAUAUGUUUACACCAUGGAGGUGGCCAUUUUGUGUUCUUCCAAUAUUCCAGUGAAGUCAGAGACCUCGCUGAAGUAUGGACAGUACUCCUGAGGCCCUAAUCCUAGUGCUUUAUCUAGACCAGUGGUUCCCGACCUCUGUCCUCAAGUACCCCAACAGUUCAUGUUUUCCAGGACACCUAGCAAUUGAACAGCUGUACUCUUUACUCACUGACACAUUUUAAAAGACCCACACGUGGAGCAAAUUAUUUCACUUGCACUCCUGAGGAGACCUCUAAGCAGUGUUGCUGACUGUGGGACCCUAGUAAAGAAGUGUUUACCUCUUCUGUGAUCAUGCCAUGGGCUUCCCAGGAAAGUCUACAGAAAUUUGCUUAUUCUUUAUGUACUUAGAGCAGUUUCUAAAUAAAUAUUUUUUUUUCUUGAAAACCUAAA